AGUUAAUAGCUGAUCUAGCAUUUCUAGGUGUUUUGUAGUAGGAAGGUUUUUCAGGUCAUCCUAUCCAUAACACCACCCUGUAUACUUUUUACGUUUAGAGAUGAAGGGAUUGUGGGAGCUUCAGAGAAGAAAAGUACACCUGUCUGGGAGGAUCAGGAGAAAGGCCUUAGAGAAGCUGAAUGUUGAGGGAUAGGGACACAGGAGGGGGAGCAGCAGAUCGCAAAAGCAGGGAGGCAGGCAAUGAGGAUGCAUGUAUGGAGAAAAGCUCCUAACUGUCGCUGGAGUACAGUGUCUGUGAAGGGGAAAAUGAGGUUGGAACAGGGAGCUCUUAAAUGUCUCACAGCAGGGAGUAACAUGUUCAUAAGCCUUGUUUCAGGAAAUUUAAGCUGGAAGAAUGUCCAGGACAAAUGAGAGCAAGUCGUGGCAGGAGGGAGAGGGGUUUGGAUUUGGAAAGAUGACCCAGGAGGCUGUUGAAAUAGCCCAGGUGAUGGGUAAUACAGCCUGAAUGGAGGCAGUGGCUGUGGGAGUAGAGAAAAGGGAAUCACUGGGAGAGACACUCAGCUGAGCAGGUAAAGAAAUCUGGGCCAAGAGCUGGGGGAAAAUAGCAGAAAAGCCAGGCAAGCACAUUGUCUGAAUUCUGGGAAAUGAAUUUAAAAUGUCAACAGUUAUCUGAGCUGUUUUUUACAGUUUAAUAUUGUUCGACUGUUGCCCGCAGACGCUCGUCAACAGUUCAUCUUGACUCUGUAUGCAGCUAAGGAUGUUUUUAGGGCGUUUGAUGAAUCAUUGUCUUUUUAGAGACAACAUGCCCCAACAGAGCUCCCGGAAAUGAGUCGGGAUGUUUUUGACUGUCCUAGAACCUGCUGACAUGGCUGAUAGAGUUGCUGAUGAGCCGUCCUCCAGGACAGGGAGUCCAGAUGGGGAAGGUCGGGUGUCUGAGGACAGAUUGCUGCUCCAUCAGAGGCUGGCCAUCCAGGAGCUUGUGGACACUGAGGUCUCCUACUUGCACAUGCUCCAGCUCUAUGCCUACGACAUCAGGAACCGCCUCCAGCAGCUGCCUCAGGGAGAUCUGGAUGUCCUGUUCUCAAACAUCGAUGAUAUCAUCCAGGUGAACAGCAGAUUUCUUCACGACCUGCAAGAGACGGCCUCUACAGAAGAGGAACAAGUGCGCCUAAUUGGUAACGUAUUCUUGGAAUUCCAAGAGGAGUUGGAGCGAGUCUAUAAGGUCUACUGUGCCAGCUGUGACCAGGCCUUGCUGCUGGUGGAAACGUACCGGAAGGACCCAGAACUGCAGCGGGAGAUCCAGGGCAUCAUUGAGGCAGUGGUGCCACAAGCUCGAGCUUCAGGCCUCGGUUUCUUACUGGUAACCCCUCUGCAGAGGAUUACCAAAUACCCCUUGCUGCUGCAGAAAAUCCUGGAGAACACAGCCCCUGAUGCCAGCGCCUACCCUGUCCUUCAGAGGGCUACCUCUGCCCUCCAGGACGUGAACGCCAACAUCAAUGAGUACAAGAUGCGCAAGGAAGUAGCUUCCAAGUACACAAGGGUGGAGCAGCUGACCCUGCGAGAGCGACUGGCCCGCAUCAACACACACAGCUUCUCCAAGAAAACCACCCGGCUGAGCCAGCUGCUGAAGCAGGAGGCAGGGCUCGUGCCCAGAACGGAAGACAAGGAAUUUGAUGACUUGGAAGAGAGGUUCCACUGGGUGUCGCUGUGUGUGACCGAGCUGAAGAACAACGUGGCUGCCUACCUGGAUAACCUGGAGGCUUUCCUCCGCUUCAAGCCACACGAAUACAAUCCGGACAUCCCCGAGGGCCCUGUGGCACAGUACUGCCACUUGGCAAAAGAGCUUCAGCUCACGGCCUUCCUGGAGUUUAAGCAGCGGCUGGAAGGCCUGGUAUGGCGGCCGUUGUGCAGCCUGGCCAAAGCACUUGCUGGCCCUCAGAACCUGAUCAAGAAACGUCUGGAUAAACUGCUGGACUUUGAGCGAGUGGAAGAGAAGCUGCUGGAGGUGGGCAGUGUGACCUAUGAGGAGGAGGCGGCCCGGCACACGUACCAGGCUCUCAACUCUCUGCUAGUGGCUGAGCUCCCGCAGUUUAACCAGCUGACCAUGCAGUGGCUGGGCCAGAUCCUGCGCACGUUCGUGGCUCUGCAGCAGGACCUUGCAAAGCAAGUGCUGCAGAAGGCAGAGGGCACCUUGGCCCAGCUGCCCCACCACCAUGUCUCUGAGCCUGACUUCAGGAAGCUAAUGGAAGACAUGCUAGGCCAGACCAGUAACCAGCUUCACUCCUUCCGAAAGAGCUUCGAGAAAGUGCUGCCACCUCCCACCAUACAACCACUCCUCCCGGGGGCUGAACACCAGGUGCAGGCCCUCCUGAGCAAAUAUGGCCCCGGGAAGCUGUUCCAGGUCACCAGCAGCAUCAGUGGGACUGGGACUUUGGACCUGACACUGCCUCGGGGCCAAAUUGUGGCCCUCCUUCAAAACAAGGACACCAAAGGCAACAGUGGCCGCUGGCUGGUGGACACUGGGGGACAUCGAGGGUACGUGCCAGCUGGGAAACUGGAGCUGUACCACGUCGCCCCCAGUGAGGAGGAGCUCAAGGGGCAGGCAGGGCCACAAGAGGGUUCCCGACAUCUAACACCAGAGCCCACCCUGGUCCCAGUUGCUUCUGUCCCAAGCAUGACCCAGGUGGUGGCAGUGUACCCCUUUGUGGCCAGAAGCAGCCAUGAAGUAAGUCUGCUGCCAGGCCAGCCGGUGACUGUCCUAGAGGCCCAGGACAAGAAGGGGAACCCGGAAUGGAGUCUUGUGGAUGUGAAUGGACAGAGAGGCUACGUGCCCUCCAGCUUCCUGGCCCGGGCCCCAAGCCCCGCUCUGUGGGGCUGGAGACUACCCUCUUAGAUGCUGCCUUGGAGCCCACAUUGCCACAGGGAUGAGGAGGCUCAGAGGCUGUGACCCGGGAGGGAAAGGAAGCAAAGAAAAGGCAGGGGUGGAAGAGGAGAUCGGGCUAGGGUAGGGUGAAGGGCACCCAGAAGGCCGCCACAGGAGGUGGGUGGGCCUUCCAGAAUGCCUGGCAUGGAUGGGCAUGAAAGGCUUUAUGGCAUUCCCAGGGCUCCAGCCAGGACCACUCAUGUCUGCAAAAAGAAGUGGUUGCAACUUGGGAUCACCAUACCCUGGACGGCAGGUCACAGCUGAUUGGCCAGGAUGUGCCUACAACUUCUGGCCAGUCUUACCUGAGCCCCCAUUCAGGCCUGUCCAUGCGAGUGGGUCACCCAGGUGAAUGUUACCUGUCUGCUGUGUGGCUGCAGGAGAAGUAGAGAACUACCUUCUAGAUGUGGUGUCAGGAGACACCAUAGCUGAGCAGCCACCUAUGAUUCCUGCAUGCUGGGAGCUGAGUUGUCUCGGUCAUGAACCCCAGGGCCCUCUCCAGGGAUUUGUCAAUGCAGUGGCAGGGCUCCCAGGAGACUCUUGGCUGGACCUUGGGAGGGAGUAUGUUCAAGUCACAGUUCUGGAAUGUGUGUGGGCAAAUGCAGAGGCUGUUCCAGGGAAGAAGGGAUUUUCAGGGUGUGUUAGGUGGCGUAUGUGAGGCUGUUGGCAGCAGUUAUAAACACUGUAGCUGUGUUCUCUGGACUAGGGGACCAAGCAGCAUGCAAAUCAUAAAGGAAGCUCUGAGAAGCAGGUAAUUAAAGGUGUAGUGGGUGGGGGAGGUUAAGUAAUGCCUUGGUUUCCUGAUUCCAGGUAGAAGGGGAGUCAGGGGGAAUCCUGGAUGGUUCCAGGAGGCCAAUGAGGGCCUGGAGACAGCAGUGAACAUGAUAGCCUUGACUGUGGGGCCUUAGACAUAUGACACAACCUCAGUUUUACCAUCCAUAAAGUCCUAACUCCCAGGGCUGCGGUGAGAAUGGCUUGAGGCUAAGGAUGUGAGGCCCCUUAUAAAUUGUGAAAUGUGAUAUCACUGUCAAUUACUAUUGGUAGCAGGUGGCACCAGCAGUGGUCUCAGGAUGGCCCCAGCCACCAGCUGGCCCAGGCUGGCAAACAGAAGCAUUUAUGCUGUCACCGGUAUUCCCAUGCCCACAGCAGACGUUAUUAAUCAAUAUGGCGUCCUUUCCCAUAAACCCUGGUUCUACCUCAGGAUCCUUCUCAAUACGUUAUUCCACGUAGCCCAUCUCCUGAACUCGGUGAGAUCAAACCUGUUGUCCAUCUCUUUUUUGAACCUGGAAAUUGAAGCCCCUCAAAACAGUUCCUGUUCAAGGAAGAACAACUCAUUGGGGAACUUUCAGGUGUAGCCACUGGUGGGUCCUCAUCUCUAGGUUGUUGCUUUGGGCUCAGAGUCAUGGCAAGAUCCACAGAAGGGAGAAAAGGUGAUCCCAUGUGAUCUUAAUACAAAUUACAAAGUUUGAAACCAACCCACGUUACAGCGUAUGUAAAAACGGGUGGCAGUUUAGAUUUGUUUCCAAGGCUUUCUCUGUGUUAUUAUAACUGCAGUGCCUAAAGCUGUUAGCUCUGGCUUUUGAAGGGCUCUCAGGAAUUAUAUACAUGUCUGUGUCAGACAGACAAUAACGUUCCUCCUCUGGGCUUGUUAAAGCAUGAAGACUCAGCAUAAUGCAAGAGAAACCCAGUCCCACAAUCCCUUCCCCAGCUCCAAACUCGCUUUACAAGACGCUCUUGUUUCAUUUUCCUUUCUCUUUCCUGCUCAGAUUUCUUAUAAAAAUAGGAAGUGUAGUGGAGCAGAUAAUAAAAUAGGAGACCCAUUUGUGGGUCCACAAAUACCAAGAGCCUACUGUGUGCUGGCAUGGUGAUGGCCUCUAUCUCUGUGGUCCUCAACUGGGCUGCUCACCAGGGGAGCAGGUGACUGGGCCAGGAUCCCCCUGCCCCCCCAGAGAUCCCGAUGUAACGGUCUGGGGUGUGGCCCAAGCUGUAGGAAUUUAGAAGGGUCCCCAGGGGUUUCCAAUGUGUGGUCAGGGGUAUGAACCUCUGCCCUAGAGACGCAGGGGCAGAAGAGAUAGUCCCGAGCUCAGAGACAGCCAUGAGCCAUAAGCUCGCGUGUGCCCCAUUUGAGCUUUGUACUAGAUGUUUCGAAAGGCCUUUUCUGGACAGGCAGCUUUAGAGGCAGUUUGAACUGGGACAGCCUAUUCUGUCAGGUCCCAGAAUGUAUAUUUAUUAAGUGCCAUUAAAAGGGACCAGAGUGAAAAUUGGAUGUUCUUGUACGCAUAAGAAAGAGAACAGAAAUAUACUUGGAACCAAGUCUAUCUCAUGAACGGAAAAUAAAAAUGUACUCAGUAACACAUGGGCUAUGGUUUCUCAUAGGCUAGGGGAUGAGAUUAAAAGUCACUGAAGGGUGAGAAAAUGCGUAUUGAGAAGAUGGAGAAUGGCCAGAAUUUUCUCCAGGGAACUCUGUGUAAUGUGCCCUUUUUCCCCCAGAUGCCUAGAACCACUGUACUGUGUCUUAUUUAUUUCCCUGUUGGGCUGCCACACGCUAAACUUGCGAAGGUAUUUGCCUAUGAACCAAACAGGACUUCCAGAAGUUGAAGACUGAUUCACAAGGGUGUCCCUUGCUCUUUGCAAUGGAGUGAGACCUCUUUAACCCUUUGGGCCCCAAUGCAGUUUUGGGUGUGAAGACAAGAUUAUAACAUCAAAGGAAAGAUGAAUGAAUCCUUGGUUAAUAUGAUGAGCACUUGCUCAGUGAGUAACUGAUGUGAACUGCUAGGAAUAAAGAACUUCAAAGAUGAAAAUGUUUCUGGAAUUUGUAUGGCUCUAACAGUUGGAUAGUUGGAUGCCUCGGUGUUCCGUUUACUCACUGAACACUUGCUAUGUAUAUAAAUGGCACCUUGUUCAUUCAUGCUUUCACUUAACAAGUGUCUACUGCAUACCCUUGAUGCCUCCAGGAGCGGGCCUUUGCUGCUGGGGAACAGUGAGAAAUGAGACAGAUCGGGUCCCUGUUCUUUCAGGGGGAGACAGACAAGGCAACAAUCAGUUUCCCGUAGUGUAAGUGUUAGGAUAGGCGCAGUGGCAGUUCAGUGGUAGAAUUCUCACCUUCCAUGUGGGAGACCCGGCUUCCAUUCCCUGCCAAUGUGCCUCGAGUGUAGCUAUCACUCGUCUGUUGGUGGAGGCUUGAGUGUUCUGUGAUGCUGAACAGGUUUCAGUGGAGCUUCCAGACCGAGACAGACUAGGAAGAAAGGCCCAGCAAUCUACUUCUGAAAAUAUCAGCCAAAGAAAACUCUAUGUGCUGUUUGUCUUUUUGUUAAGUUAUCCAAGUUUUAUAUAUAUUUUGGUUAUUAGAUUCUUAUCAGAUAUAUGGUAUCUUAAUUAUCUAUUGCCGUUGUAAUAGAAAUACCACAAGUGGAUGGCAUUAACAAACAGAAGUUUAUACUCUCACAGUCUGGGAGGCUGGAAACCUGAAUUCAGGGCACCAGCUCGAGGGGAAGGCUUUUGCUCUCUGUUGGCUCUGAAGGAAAUUCCUUUUCAUCAAUCUUCCCCUGGUCUAGGAGCUCCUCAGCGCAGGGACCCUGGGUCCAAAGGAUGCCCUCUGCGCCUGGCACUAGUUUCUUUGUGGUAGGAGGUCCUUCAGUCUCUCUGCUCUCCUGUCUCUUCCAUAUCUCAAAAGAGAUUGGCUCAUGAUACAACCUAAUCUGACAGAUUGAAUCCUGCCUCCUUAACAUCAUAGAGGUAGGAUUUACAACACAUAAGAAAAUCACAUCAGAUGACAAAAUAGUGGACAAUCACAGAGUACUGGGAAUGGUGGCCUAGUCAAGUUGACGCACAUUUUGGGGGGGACACAAUUCAAUUUAUAACAUUUGGUUUCCAAAGAUACUCUCCCAGUCAGUAGCUUGCCUUUUCACUUUUUUGGUCAAGACUUUUGAUGAACAAAAGUUUUUAAUUUUUCUGAGGUCUCAUGUAUUUAUUUAGUCUUUUGCUGUUUGUGUUUUUGUAGUUAGAUAAUCUGUUGUUAAAAGCUAGGCCCUACAGCAUUGCCCCGGUGUUUUCUUCUAAGAAUUUUAUAGUUUUAGUUUGCACAUUUAGGGCCUUCAUCCAUUUUGAAUUUGUUUUUGUGUAUGGUGCGAGGCAUGGAUCCUAUUUCAUUUUUUUGCAUGUGGAAAUCCAGUUUUCCCAACAUCAUUUAUUGAAGAGAUUUUUCUUUCCCCAUCAAAUGGACUUAGCACCCUUGUCAAAAAUCAGUUGACCAUAGAUGUGUGGGUUUAUUUCCAGACUCCCAAUUCUAUUUCCUUGGUCUGUGUGUCUAUUGCUAUACCAGUACCAGACUGUUUUGAUUACUGUAGCUGUAUAUGUUUUAAAGCUUUGACAACUUAACAACAAAAAGACAAAUAACCAAAUCAUAAAAUGGAAAAAAUACUUAACUAGACAUUUCACCAAAAUGGACAUUCAAAUGGCCACCAAACAUAUGAAAAAAUGCUCAGCAUCAUUAGUCAUUAGAGAAAUGCAAAUCAAAACCACAAUGAAAUACCAUUUCACUCCUGCUAGGAUGGCUAAGAUAAAAAAUAAAUAACGAAUGUUGGCAAGGAUGUGGGGAAAUUGGAACUCUUACCCAUUGCUGGUGGGAAUGCAAAAUUGUACAGCCAUUGUGGAAAACUGUGUGGCAGUUCCUCAAAAAACUAAAAAUGGAACUAUCAAGUAUGUACCCAGAAGACUUGAAAGCAGAGACCCAGAGACUUGUACGCCAAUGUUCGUUGCAGCACUAUUCACAAUAGCUCAAAUGUGGAAACAGCUCAAAUGUCUGUCUACAAAUGAAUGGAUAAACAGAAUGUGGUCCAUGCAUAUCACGGAGCACUACUCAGCCAGUAGGAGAAAUGCAGUCUUGAUACACACCACAAUAUGGAUGGAGCCGGAGGACAUUAUGCGAGUGAACUAAGUCAAUCACAAAAGGACAAACAUUGUAUGACCUCACUUAUAUGAAAAGACAAGAAAAGAUAAAUGUAUAGAGACCAAAGUUUAUUACCUGGUAGCAUAGUGGGCAAGUGCUAUGGCUGCUAACCAAAGUGUCGGCAGUUCAAAUCCGCCAGGCACUCCUUGGAAACUCUUUGGGGAAGUUCUACUCUGUCCUAAAGGUUUGCUAUGGGUCGGAAUCGACUCGACGGCACUGGUUUGGUUUUUUCGUUUUGUACGAGGGGCAGGAAGGAGGGUGGAAGAGAGAGUGGAAAAUGGUGAUGGAAAAAUUGCAUUGAUUAAGGGUAGGGUUGCACAGCCAAUUAUUUCAAUUGGUGUCAAUAAGUCGUACACUUAAAAUAAGUUGAAUUGGCAAAAGUUAUGUGAUAGAUAUAUUUACAAUGACAAAAAAAAAAAAAAAGAGUAGCUGCUGAGACAACUUAUGUACAACCAAAAACCUCAUGGGAUUCGAUUCCUUGGUUUGGAGGUUUAAGGUCAUGGUUUCACAGGACAUCCCAGUUAAUUGACCUAAUAACGUGUUUAGUGCUUCUAUUCUACCUCCUAGUUCAUUGCAUAGUGCUUGGAGUCUUAAAAGCUUGCAAGCGACCAUCCAAGGCAUGACAAUUGGUCUCUAGUCUCCUGGAGCAACAAAGGAAGGAGAGUGAGGAAUAGAAGGAGGAUAUGGAAUGUGUGGCUAAUGCCUCCAUGAACAACUGCCUCCCUUGCCAUGAGACCAGAAGAACUGGAUGUUCUCCAGCUACCAUUACUGAACGUUUUGAUCUGCUUCUGUACAGGUUAAAGCCAAGAAAACCCUAUGGAGCAGUUCUACCCUGUAACACAUGGUGUCACCAUAAGUCAGAAUCAACUCCAUGACAAUCAACAAUAACAACAAAAGCAGAUUACCGUCCAUAAUGUGGAUGAGCCUCAACCAAUCAUUUGAAGCUCUACAAGCAAAAAGGGAGUUUUCCCUAGGGUGUAUUCUGUCUCAGGACUAUUAUAAAUGGACAUGUUGCUAGAAUUUUUCACUCUUCCCAACACCUGACGUAUGGAUUUUGGGACACGAGCGGCAAGAGUCUCCAGCCUGUCACCAGCCCCCCACAAUUGUAUGAGCCAAUUCCUUAAUAUAUGCAUAUAUGUAGAGAGAGAGAGAGAGCCCGGGUGGCUCAGCUAUUAACCAAAAGGUCAGUGGUUCAAAUCCACCAGCUGCUCAAUGGAGAGAAGACCUGGUGAUCUGCUUCCAUAAAGAUUACAUCCUAGGAAACCCUAUAGGGCGGUUCUAUUCUGUCAUAUGAGGUUACUAUGAGUCAAAAUUGACUCAACAGCACACAACAACAUGAUAUACAUAUAUAUGUGUGUGUACACACACACACACACACACAUAUGUAUAUAUAAAAGCAGUUUCUGUGAAUCACCUCCAACUCAUGGUGACCCUGUGUGUGUUAGCAUGGAACUGUGAUCCAUAGGGUUUUCAGAGGCUGGGUUUUUGACAGUAGAUCACCAGGACUUUUUUCCAUAGUGGUGUGAAAAGUAGCCAGUGAUUGGCCUUAGAAAACCUAAGUUCAAGGCCUACUUGACCAUAAGCAAGAAGCAAACUUACUUAUGGAUUCCUUAUGUGAAGAAGUUUGAUGAGGGCCCCACUUAGCCCCCAAAGUACUCACUGUAGAACUCUAGCUUGUCUCAAGGGGUCCCUGAGCUCACACCACCAGGAUGUAACUGCAAGCAUGAUGUCAUUUUAGGGCCUGUUGUGGUAGGGCAGAACCUAAAAUGUCACAAGCUGGGAGUCAGGAAAGAGCUGGAUUCCACGCAUCUUUUUAUUGGUAAUUUCUGAGCCCAACUUUCUUUCCUAUUUGAUCAUCUGUAAAAUAGGUACGACAAUUCCUGUUCGCACAGGGUGGGUGAGAGGAUUAAAUGAGAUAACCAGUGCAAAUGGUGAUAGAUCAUAUGGUAGCAUCACCAACGUGCAAUUAUAAGACGUGUGAACUGUGACUACCAGGUGGCAGCAGGGGGCACCAAACACCUGAGAGUUGGGGUGGGAGGUACCAUUGGGAUCAAACAGAAAUGCCCAUGGUGCUACACAAGCAAUGCAAAUGAGAGAAAAGUCCAGGCGAGAGACACUAGGGAGUGGUGAGGACUGUGGUGGCCCAGAGCAUGCACACUCCGUCUAAAGGAACCACAGCUUCUUGGCUCCAACCAAUUGUAGACACAUCAGAGUACGAACUUAGUAGUGCCAGAUAUUCUGAUUUUUCAAGAGAAACCAGAAACUAGGGUUUUUUAUUUUAUUUUUUUAUGUGAAAUCUCCUGUGUAGAGACUGUGGUUCAAAACAGGCCCCGUCUUUACAUCUUCUGCUUCAGUGUGGGUUGACUGCUCCAGCUGGGCAUUUCCUCUGGAGAAUCAGUUUCCAAUCUUUAUACUUCCUGUGAAAUGCCUUUGCGUGUCCCCAGUUUACUCAGCACUCCACUGGGUGUUAGUUUUCUGUCUUUAUAUCUAAGGGGAAUAUUGUUUCCUUUUAUGUUAUUAUUACUGUUUUCAGAUUUCAUUAUUGUUGGCCAUAUUUUUCUGGCCCACCAGUGAGGGUCCCUGUAGUAUCUAUGUCACAAGGUUUCUUCUGAGGAUUAAAUAAAAUCCUGGUAUAAAUCACCUAGCACAGAACCUGGUUCAUACUCUAAAAAGAGAACAAAAAUCAGUUGCCGUCCCAUCAAUUCCUACCACGGUGGCCCUAUGUCAGUGCAGAACGGUGCUCCACAGGGUUUUCAAUGGCUGAUAUUUUGGAAGUGAUCACCAGGCCUUUCUUCGUGGACAUCUCUGAGUGGACUCAACCUCUCACCUUUCGGUUAGCAGCCGAGUGCGUUAACCAUUUGCACCACCUGGAGACUCUUGCUCAUACUUAGUGCUCAAUAAACAUAGUUAUCAUUAUUACAGGGACUU